GAAUAUAAAGGACCUUGUGGUUUUGUAAAGCAUUGGCUGAGUUUGUGUGAAAAGUAUGUCUCUCGAGAAAGUUCCUUGUGAUACUGAAACACUCUUUGAAUUCAAUUCAUUUUAUUUUGUAUAGCCCAAAAUCGCAAAUUUGCCUCAGAGGGCUUCACAGUCUGUACACAUGCAACAUCCUCUGUCCCCAAACCCUCACAUCGGCACAGGAAAAACUCCCCAAAAUAUGGAAAAACCCUUCGAUGGGGAAAAAAGGGAAGAAACAUAGAAUAAAACAUAGAAGUGAGAAUGAAGGAGUUUACGGGCUUCCUCUGAAAUGUGUUGUGCCUGUCUCUGUUUGCGUGAUUGUACAAUAGGGAAGAAAAUCCUGUAUGAUACAUCUUCCUUUUGGGAGUUGUGGUUCUGCAUUGGAACCACAAAACAAGCAGUUCUCAUUGCAGAGGUUUUGUCUUUGUCCUCUUUUUUUAAUGGGGGAAACCUUGAAAUCAACAGAGUGACUUCUUUGUGUGUAUUGUAUUGGACUCGGAACCCUGCUGGUUUCAUUAUAGCAGUCUUGAGGUUGAUUUACAACGUGUUGAUGCCAGGUGAAGACUAGGACUGUCAGAAUGGAGAAACGGCAUCACUUUGUUUGCUGAGUGCUUGAGCUGUAAGUGUGACUGUUUGACCUUCAAGAAAGAAUUGUGUGUGUGUGUGUGGUAUAUGUUGGAUAAGAUGGGGUUUGUAAGGCUCCAUGCUGAGGACUGUAUGAGAUCACUGCAGCUUAUGGCAACAUAACAAUAAUACCCCUUUUAAAUACUGUGGUCUUUUACAUAUUCUUUCCCCAUUAUACAUCCUUUCAUUCAACAAAGCGCCUCUUUUUGUAAUUGGAUAGAUCUUCUAGAGAGUGCCGUGCUGUUAUUUUGAAAGGAACCCUUUCAACCGGAAGUCCUCAUUUAGCGGCUUGCCGUGGCGCUCGCCCACCAGUUUUCCUCUGCUGUUGUUUAGCUUGGACAGCUAGUCGCCGUGUGUGUGUUCGCUCUCCAAGUGAAGCUCAGUUCUUCCUUUCCCGUUUUUUCAGAUUUAUAUCAAAUCUUCGGAAUGUAAUAAAAGUUGAAAACAUGGUGAACGCGUUGCUACAGAAGAAUGUGGGAUCCAUCCCCUUAAUUAAAUGCCACUGACCGGUUGGUCAAGGUUGCUUGAAUGGUACCACAAUGUUGUAUCAUGGAGGUGCUACUGUCUCCUGAGUAUCUGGUCAAUCAUCUACUACAUUUCAUGUGAUCAUCACAUGGAUUUACCCAGGAGAAAUGUAUGAAGACAGCUAUAGGUCAGAGCCAAGAAACAAUACCUUCACAGGAAAAAUGACACAAAGGCCCCUCGGACCUUCUGGGAUGCUGUGCAGAAGCACUCUGUAAGUAAUGUGAUCGUAGGGGAAGCGGAAUGCAGACUUGCCAGCUAUAGCUUGUGUGCAAGCGUGAUGCCCAGGAGGGGGUUGACGCUCCAGGGCCGGGUCCGCUGGUUCUUUCUGGGCCUCUUCCUGCUGCUGGUGCUGCUGCUCUUUGCAUACCUGCUGGAGUGCACCCCUCCAGCAGACGUCGGCCUGGCCCUGCCCGGCCUAGCGGGCGAUUCCUAUGGGAAGGAGUACUACCAGGGCCUGCUGCAGGAACAGGAGGAGCGCCACCUGAGCCGGGCCGCCAGUCUCAAGCGGCAGAUUACCCAGCUCAAGCAGGAGCUGCAGGAAAUGGGCGAGAAGCUAAAGCUCCUGCAGGACAAGAAGGAGCUCCCCGGGGUGCAGGGCCUGGCUGAGACGAAAGACCAAGAGCCGGGAGAUCUGCUGGAGUACCUGCAUUCUCAGAUCGACAAGGCCGAGGUCAACACGGGGGCACGCCUCCCCAGCGAGUACGCCCUGGUGCCCUUUGAGAGUUUCACUUCGGCCAAGGUGUACCAACUGGAGAUGGGGCUGACGCGGCACCCAGAGGAGAAACCUGUGCGCAAAGACCGCAGGGACGAGCUGGUGGAGGUCGUUGAGGCCGCGCUGGACAUCAUCAACAACCCUGAUGAGGAGGAUGGUGUGGAGGAAGACGUGCCGAUGCAGAGACAAACCUACACCGACAGUCACUUUGCAGAAGGACUGUACAGGACAGAGCGAGACAAAGGCAGUCUUUACGAGCUCUUCUUUUCCAAAGAGGAUUCCAGCAGCUUCCGCCAUGUCACGCUCUUCAGGCCCUUUGGUCCCUUAAUGAAAGUCCGGAGCACAUCUGUAGAAACGUCAGCAAUGGUUGUUAACAUCAUUGUGCCACUGGCAGGCAGAGUAGAAACGUUCUUGCAGUUCCUGCACAACUUCAGGGAGGUUUGCAUACAGCAGGACAGACGAGUACAUCUCACAGUGGUUUAUUUUGGGCUGGAAGGCCUGCAGGACGUGAGGUUGUCUUUGGAGAAAAUGUCGAGGGAGGAGAACUUCUCCAAUUACACGCUGAUCCCAGUGGACGAGGAGUUCUCACGAGGUCGUGGUCUGGAUAUCGGAGCCCACGCCUGGAACAAAGGCGACGUCUUAAUGUUUUUUUGUGAUGUCGACAUCCAUUUUACUCUUGACUUCUUAAACACUUGUCGUCUCCACGCUGCUCCAAAUAAGAAAGUGUUCUAUCCAGUGGUGUUCAGUCUGUACAACCCUUCCAUUGUCUAUGGGAAUUUGGAGCUGGCUCCACCGACUGAACUCCAACUGAUUCACAAGAAAGAUGCUGGAUUCUGGAGGGAUUUUGGCUUCGGGAUGACGUGUCAGUAUCGCUCAGAUUUCCUAAAUAUUGGUGGGUUUGAUCUCGAGGUCAAAGGCUGGGGCGUGGAAGACGUCCACUUGUACAGGAAGUAUCUCCGGGGCGAGCUCAUAGUGAUCCGGGCGCCAGUGUCCGGGCUUUUCCACCUGUGGCACGAGAAGCAGUGCGCCGAUGAGCUGACGCCGGAGCAGUACCGCAUGUGCAUCCAGUCCAAGGCCAUGAACGAGGCCUCCCACUCGCAUCUGGGCAUGCUCGUUUUCCGGGACGAGAUCGAGGCUCACCUACGCAAGCAGGCCUUCAAGACCGAGGUGAAGAGCCAGGACUGAAGCGCUUAGACGGCUCACAGCUGGAGACGAAUGAAUGUGAACUAACAACAUGGUACAAGCGCGUUAUUAAACAGUAAUGCACAGUCAGUCCACUAAUAUUUCACUUGCUGGAUAAGAACUAACCGGUAGUGCGUCCUGGGGAUUGUAUUUAUGCCGAUAUUAUUCUUGGGGGGGAAACUAAACUUCUCAUUGAGCCGUCCGAUGGAGCAGCUCCGGCCGGACGACCUUCCAAUGUGACCUCAAGCAGCAGAUUUCAGCUGUUUCCGGGGAUCACCCUCCUCUCCCAAAAAAAUAAGAAUCAAACCAGAUCAAAAGCUACAAGCUGUUGAUGUGUAGAAGAGUGUUUUAACAGAGAGAGAAAGCAGUUGCAAAAGAGGUAAGAAGUCAAGCUACAACUAUUUAUUUACUAUUGACAAAAGGAAAAAUAAAUUGCACUUUGUUCGGAUAAU